AUGGUCAUCCUUGUUCCAGUAUUGUGGCACAAGCCAUGGAACCUGGUGUUGCGUGUCCACAGGGUGGCAACAGAUCACAAUGUGGACAACGCCACAGCCGUGCUGCGCGAGCGGCUCGCUCGGGUGCAGAGCUCCUACCACCGUGUGGAGUGGAGACCCCGGGAGGAGCCCCGGAGCUAUGAGGAUGAGGAGGGGCCCAAACACUGGCCGAACCAGCGCUACGAACACGUGAUGAGAUUGCGUCAGGCAGCGCUGGACACGGCCUGGGAGACGUGGGCUGAUUUUUUCCUGCUGGUGGACUGCGACAACAUCCUGACCAAUGAGGAUGUGCUCUGGAAGCUCGUCUCGGAGAACAAGACCAUCGUGGCGCCCAUGCUGGAGUCCCGAGGCACCUACUCCAACUUUUGGUGUGGCAUGACCGCUCGGGGCUACUACAAGCGGACCCCUGCCUAUGUGCCCAUCCGCAGGCGGGAGCACAAGGGCUGCUUUGCCGUUCCCGUGGUGCACUCCACCUUCUUGAUUGACCUGCGCAAGGAGGCGUCCCGUCAGCUGGCCUUCUAUCCACCCCACGCCGACUACAGCGGGGCCUUCGAUGACAUCAUUGUCUUUGCGCGCUCGGCCCGCAUGGCAGGUGUGCGGAUGUUCGUGUGUAACGAGGAGACUUACGGGUUCCUCCCCAUCCCGCUGCGCUCCCACCACUCCCUGCAGGACGAAGCCGACGACUUCCUGCACACGCAGCUGGAGGUCAUGGGUGAUCACCCUCCACUGGAACCUUCCAGCUUCAUUUCUCUUCCUCCGAAGCACCCAGACAAGAUGGGCUUUGAUGAGAUUUUCAUGAUCAACCUGCAGCGGCGCCCCCAUCGACGACAGAGCAUGCUGAGCUCCCUUUACGAGCAGGAGAUCUCCUGCAAGAUGGUCAACGCAAUAGAUGGCAGAGCAUUGAAUGCCAGUCAGAUCCAGGCCAUGGGCAUCCGGAUGCUGCCCGGGUACAGCGACCCGUACCACGGGCGACCCCUCACCAAGGGUGAGCUCGGCUGCUUCCUCUCGCACUGUGGUGUCUGGAAGGAGAUCGUGCAGCGGCAGCUGAAGACAUCGCUGGUGGUUGAGGACGACGUACGUUUCGAGGUUUUCUUCAAGCGUCGCCUGCGCAACCUGAUGAGCGAGGUUGAGAGCCAGGGCCUAGACUGGGACCUUAUAUACAUCGGGCGGAAGAGGAUGCAGGUGGACAGGCCAGAGAAGUCGGUGCCCAACAUUCGCAGCCUGGUGGAGGCUGACUACUCCUAUUGGACAUUGGGAUACAUGAUGUCACUGCAAGGUGCCUCCAAACUCCUCAAGGCUGAUCCCCUUAGCAAGAUGCUACCAGUGGACGAGUUCCUUCCUGUGAUGUACAACAAACAUCCCAUCUCCGACUACAUGGAACACUUUGAAACGAGGGAUCUGAAGGCGUUCUCUGCAGAGCCCCUCCUGGUGUUCCCAACCCACUACAGUGGCGACCCAGGAUACAUCAGCGACACGGAAACCUCCGUCGUAUGGGACAACAAAGCGCUCGCCACCGACUGGGACCGAGCCCGGUCCCGCAAGACCCAAGAACAAGAGGAGCUCAGCAACGAGGCCCAGAACGCAGAUGUGCUCCGGUCUCCUCUGGACAGCACAGCACGCGAUGAGCUCUGAGGCUCGGGCUUGAGAUGCUUGGGUGAGGAAGUGGCCGAGCAAUGGUGGCAAAGGCUGGGUGAAGACACUUGGAACUGCAGCGUGAAUUGGGCGGUCCAGAAGAAAGCGACGCCUAGUAGCUCUGCUGCGGGACAUCUGAGGUGGAUGUUAGGAGCCACCAAUAGGCGGAAGUCAUUGCCUUUCAAAGUGGCUUCUUUCGACUCUCCGGCUUGGAUGGGGGCGAGGUCCUCAUUCCAGCUGUGCUCUUCCUCAUUGCGUCUUGCUGUCUCCUGCUUUGAGACCUCAUGUUCCCGAAGAGGACUUUUUUCGUACUAUUCCCGCGUGUGACCCCAAACCACGGUGAUGCAGUAACCGAGCAGUUCGCUGCAUGGUGUCGAUAAGUUUGCUCGUAACACGUCCCUUGGCCUUCCCGAGCCUUUGCUUUGAACCACGUGCUUUUUCCAUGCAGCACACGAGGGGACAUCAGUUGACCGAGUCCUUUUGCACGUCUUGUCUGUGUGUUUGCUACUUGCCGUCAAGCUAAUUUGUCUGCAAAGAUGUGUUUUUGUAGAAUCCCUGUUCUGUGCGCUGUGCUCCUGUGCAGAAGAAAUGAGGAAAGACUCAGUCAGCACCACGUGGACCUCAGUUUGGACUCGGACGCUGUUGACUGGUUCCGGGGCGUUGCACAGCCUCAUGGGAGAUCUGGGAAGGACGUCUCACUUUUUUGCUCAU